UUUCCUUGUUCAUCAAUCCUUUUCUUUGUGGCUCCUAGCUAGUCACCCUUCUAGACAUCAGCACUUUCAUUUUAUAAAGCAACAGAGACCAAAAAAAAAACACCAACAAUAAUAGACAAGCGCAAAACAAGAAUCAACCACUAAACUACUCUCCACCUAUAUAUAAAGAUACCUGAACGCUGAAGGAAAACAAGAUGCCUCCUCUCUAAAGAUCUAUAGUAGAGACCAUGGAUAGGAGAUGCUAUUGUAGACAACAUCCAAGCCACAAGCAAUCAAAGGGGGUCUGCCCAUUUUGCUUAAGAGAGAGGCUCUCAAACAUCACAUCAUCUUCGUCUUCCUCGACUACGAAUCUCUCUAAUCCUUCUACGACCUCACUUUCUCCGAUAUUAUCAUCGGAGUUGGAUUAUGUAUUUGCUACUAACAAGGAGGAGGAUGAGAGGGAGAAGGAGCCAUUGAAGAAGAGUAGGUCUUUGGCUUUUGUGAUGGAGGAAGAGGAAGAGAAAGAUAAGAAGAAAAAUAAUAAUAAGAGGAGGAAGUUUUGGUCUAAAUUCUUGGUGAAGAGGAAAGACGAGGGGGAUGAUAAGGAGUUGAUGCACUCAAAGACAAUGAAAGACAAGUACUCUUCUACUAAAUGGGUUGUAUUCUCUUAGCUAAUUUUUCAUUUUCAAAUUUUUAGUUUGGUUUGUGUAUGUUUUUAGAGGAAAAGUUUGUAUUCUCAAAAUUUUAUACAAAGGAGGAUUCAUUGUUGGAA